CGCUCCAAAUCACACUUACCCCUUCAAAAGGCAAAAACCCAUUCCUCCAUCUUCCGUCUUCCAAAAAUCAAAAUUUAGACUUCCUGAAUCUUUAUACUAAUUUGUUAAACUUCCAUGUCAGCUCUGUCGACCCGCCGGCUCAGGGACCCAAAUGCCGGCACCGGACCCAGAACCACUGCACAAAAACCAGCAAAAAACCUCUCCCCCAUCUCCAUAACCACCAAAACCUCUACUCAGUCUCUUCAAAAAUCGUCGUCUGGGAAGGAGAACCCCAGGUCCGGUUUUAGGGCCUCUGGAUCCGCUCAAAAGCCCGUUAUUCGGCCCGUUCCUCGGGUGGAGAAGGCAGCUGUGGGCUUGGGAGGCGACGGAGAGGCGCGUGCUAGGUGGUCUACGUCAGCAGCUCCAAGAGGUAGGAGCCCUAGCCCGUCUCAGUUCAUUAGGGUUUUUUCUGAUUUGAGAAGAGAGAAGGGUUCUAAGGUUUCUGCCGAUAGGUCUGGUAAGGGUGUGAGUAAAGAAAGUAAAUGGACUAGGAAUUCGAUUGUGAGCACGAAUGAAAAUGGCACGAGUAAUUUUAAGGAGAAUGGUGAUUCCAGUGAUAAUUUGGUUAAAUCGAGUACGUUUUCUGAGGGGCUAGGGCAGGAAUCUGGAAAGAACUUGAAUUUGAGCGCAGAUUUGGCGAACCGUAGUGCUUACAAGGGCUUUAAAGGAAAGGGCAGUUCGGGUUUUGCUAGCUUAGACGCUAGUGCUAAUGUUAAUAAGGGACGUGACGAGAAACCUGUUUCUGUUUCGAAAUCUGACGAUAAAAUCGAACAGGUUAGGAAAGGUGUUAACUUAGGUUUAAGGAGAACGUCUCUGGACGGGGAUGCAAGGGUUUUGGAGAUUUCUAAAGAGAACGGAGUGAAUGAAGAUGGUGUAAGCAGUUGGGUGAGUAACAAGUACCAAAGCAAGCUUCAUGAGAAGCUAGCUUUUCUUGAAGGAAAGGUUAAGAGAAUUGCUUCAGAUAUUAAGAAGACUAAGGAGAUGUUGGAUAUGAAUAAUCCAGAUGCAUCCAAGAUGAUACUUUCGGAUAUUCAGGAAAAGAUUUCUGGUAUUGAGAAGGCUAUGGGUAAUGUUGUUAGUAAUUCGGGUAGCAAAUUAGGCGUUUCAACUAGCAGUGUAAGUGAUAAUAGGGAGGUGAAAAUUGCAGGUAAGAGUGAAGUUAAUCAAGCCGAGAGUGUGAAAAGUUCUGUUAAUGGAUUGAAUAGUGAAGAUUUAGAAGCUAGACUCUUUCCUCAUCAUAAGUUGCUUCGGGGUCGAACAUCCUUGAAGGCAUCCUCAGGAGGCUCUCAAAGUCUAGAACUGCCUGAUGUAACAGAACCUAGCAGAGAAGUAAAUGUGGAAGAGAAGCCAUUGAGUCCAGUUGAGGAAAAUCCCAUAGCUUUGGAAUUCUUGGCUUCUCUUGAUAAGGAGCCUGCCAAAAUCACAGUUAGGAGAGAUCAAGUUCAUAUGGCCCAUUGUGAAGUCCAGGAAAUGGAUGGCAAUGCAAUAUCAGGGAAGCAAGACUCUUCAAACAAGUUCAAUGAAAAUGCUGAUCUUGAUCUCCUUCUCAAAGCUGAUGAAAGGCUUGAUGAAUUUGAUGAUCAGGAGAACAGACAAGAAAUUAUUAUCGAUGAAGAGACUGAUGAUCCUUGUGUCUACCAGCUAAAUGAAAUGGGUUUCAAAACUUCUACAGGAGGAUGGUUUGUGUCGGAAGGAGAGGCAGUUCUUCUAGCACAUGAUGAUGGCUCAUGUUCCUUUUAUGACAUUGCUAAUCUUGAGGAGAAGGCAGUAUAUAACCCUCCUAUGGGAAUCUCACCUAAUAUAUGGAGGGACUGUUGGAUAAUCCGUGCUCCAGGUGCAGAUGGUUGUUCGGGCAGAUAUGUUGUGGCUGCAUCUGCUGGCAAUACAUUAGAUUCUGGAUUUUGUUCAUGGGAUUUCUAUGCCAAAGAUGUGCGUGCUUUCCACAUUGAGGAAGGAGGGACAGUAGCUUCAAGAACUGUGCUAGGCCCAUUACCCAAUAACACUAUGCACGGAAGAAAUACUUUGACUAGUACUUUGAUGCCAGAAACUCAGCAGUGGUGGUAUAAACCAUGUGGACCUCUUAUCAUCUCACUCCAGUUCCCAGAGGGCUGUCAAAGUUUUGACAUCCGAGAUGGUGAGAAAAUAAUGAAUUGGGAGUUGCAGAAGCCUGUACUACAUGGACUAUCAAGCCCUUUGCAGUGGAGGAACAGAGGAAAAGUGGUAAUAGCUGAAGUGGAAACGAUUUCUGUAUGGGAUGUGAGCUCCCUUCAUGCUCAAGCAUUAGUUUCCAUUUCUUCCUCAGGUCGAAAAAUCUCUGCUCUCCAUGUAAAUAACACUGAUGCAGAAUUAGGUGGAGGGGUUCGUUUGAGAGCAACUUCCUCAGAAGCUGAAGGAAAUGAUGGUGUCUUUUGCACCCCUGAUUCCAUUAAUAUUUUGGAUUUUCGCCACCCAUCUGGCAUUGGUGCAAAAAUACCAAAACUUGGUGUAAAUGUGCAUUCUGUUUCAUCUCGUGGGGAUUCUAUAUUUCUUGGCUGCACCAACGUGAGGUCUGCAGGAAAAAAGCAGCUGUGUUCUCAGGUGCAGCAAUUUUCACUGCGGAAACAAAGGCUAGUUAGCACCUACUCUUUGCCAGAAUCCAAUGCUCACUUGCAUCACUCAGCUAUAACACAAGUGUGGGGAAAUUCAAAUCUUGUGAUGGCUGUCUGUGGGCUUGGGCUAUUUGUGUUUGAUGCAUUGAGUGAUGAUUCAUUACAGUCUUUCACUAGUGAAUGUGGCGGUUUCCAGAAGGUUAAAGAAAUCAUUGGCACAGACGACCUGUAUUCUCCUUCUUUUGAUUAUUCAGGAUCCCGGAUUCUCCUCAUAUCAAGAGAUCGCCCAGCUCAGUGGAGGCACUUACUGUAAGUUUUACACAUGCUCGAAAAUGUUUGUUGUAAUUUAUCAGGACUAAGAAAGUAUUAAAUAACUUCUUGUUAUUUAUAUCUGUUUCUCAUUAUUAAAGUUUACAAGGUGAGUUUGCUAUUUGUUGAA